ACUACUACCACUACCACUACUACUACUACCACUACUACUACUACUACUACUACUACCACUACACCUACCACUACUACUACCACUACUACCACAACCACCACUACUACUACUACCACCACUACUACCACUACUACUACUAAUACUACUACUACUGCCACGACUACUACCACUACUACUACUACUACUACUACUACCACUACUACUACUACUACUACCACUACUACUACUACUACUACUACCACUACUACUACCACUACACCUAUCACUACUACUACCACUACUACUACUACUACCACUACACCUACCACUACUACUACCACUACUACCACAACCACCACUACUACUACUACCACCACUACUACCACUACUACUACUAAUACUACUACUACUGCCACGACCACUACCACUACUACUACUACUACUACUACUAUCACUACACCUAUCACUACUACUACUACUACUACCACGACUACUACCACUACUACUACUACUACUACUACCACCACUACACCUAUCACUACUACUACUACUACUACCACUACACCUAUCACUACUACUACUACUACUACUACUACUACCACUACACCUAUCACUACUACUACUACCACUACUACUACCACUACACCUAUCACUACUACUACUACUACUACCACUACACCUAUCACUACUACUACUACUACUACUACUACUACUACCACUACUACUACUACUACCACUACUACUACCACUACCACUACUACUACCACUACUACUACUACUACUACCACUACUACUACUACCACUACUACUACCACUACUACUACCACUACUACUACUACUACUACUACCACUACUACUACCACUACUACUACCACUACCACUACUACUACCACUACACCUACCACUACUACUACCACUACUACCACAACCACCACU